GGGCUGCUAACCCAGAGCGGAGGUAACGUCUCGGCUAACCAUGCAUUUCUGGCUCCCGACGGUGCCUACAUUGCUAAAUAAUUUCCUAUAAACGUGUUUUCCUCCUAAACCACGAUGGGACCGUUUUUUUAGAAAAUAACCGGACGCUCAGGAUAAUUCCGAGGAACCCCUGGCAGUGACGGUUGCACGAGGGUUUGCCUAACGACAGUCGAUGAGAGAAUUCCCAGUGAGGUUGUCCUCUCAGUCCACACUGCACAGCACGGUCUCCGUGACGACCAAGACUCCGCGCUGAACUUGGCUCUCUGGCCUUUACACACACACACACACACACACACACACAAAGUCUUAACCAAAUCAAAACUCACACACACACACACACACACACACACACACACACACACACAAAGUCUUAACCAAAUCAAAACACACACACACACACACACACACACACACACACACACACUCAUUCACAGAUCAACACACACACACACACACACACCCAGCGCAGCAGUCUGAGGCAAGCCAGCGCGUGCGGCUGCAGUGGCGAUGAGUGUCCAGCAGGGGGCAGAGGAGGAGGAGGAGGUGUAUGUGGAGCACCAGUACCUGAUCAACACACACUCAGACACACACACACACACACACACACAGGAGGAGGAGGAGCACCAGUACCUGAUCAACACACACUCAGACACACACACACACACACAGGAGGAGGAGGACGUGUGUGUGGAACACCAGUACAUGUGCAGCGAGUGCCACCAACUCUUCAACACACUGGAGGAUGUGCUGCUGCACCAGCAGAGCCACACACAGGAGGAGCAGGGGGGAGCAGGAGACGAUGGGGAGACCAGCUACCAGUGCCUGGAGUGUGGCGCCCUCCUCAGGAACCCAGAGGAACUGCUGCUGCACCAGGAGAUGCACAUGUCCGCAGGAAUGGAGGCCGAGCACGAGGUGUGUGAGGUGCUGGAGGCGGGGGAUGGGGGUUCUGAGCCGGACGGGCCGAUCCAGUACCAGUGUCUGGAGUGCCUGCAGCUCUUCAACACGCCGGAACUUUGGCUGCAGCACACACACACUCACAGGAGCAACACACACAGCGCUCACUCCAACACGGAGUACGUUGUUCAGGCCGACGGUUCCGUUGCUCCGCUGGUCAAUGUGCAGAACCUGGUUCUAGACGAGCAACGAGCCGGAGAGAUCCUGGCCCAGGUCCUGGCCCAGCAGCAGCAGCACUCUGGUGCCCCGUCUCGUGCUCUCUUGCCCCCCGUUGCCCCGUUGCCCGGUUCUGCCACCCUGCGGCUCCAGAUCUGCAGUGCCCAGGCCCUGGCCGACGCUCACACACACACACACACACACACACACACACUGGCUGACGGCUCCGCCCCUCUGCGCCGCGCUCGUCUGCUGCCCCCCCUCCUCACGCCCACGGCCGCCUCCGCACACACACACACACACACACACACACACGCACACACACACGCGCCCGUGGCCACGCCGUACGAGUGCUCCGAGUGUGCGCAGGAGUUCGCCACGCCAGAGGACUUCCUGGCGCACCAGGGCGAGCACUUCCUGUGUCAGGAGAAGGAGAGCGGCGACGACGCCGUCGUCAUGGAUACGACCCCGGACACGGACGGGACGCCCAAUCAGACGCGAGGAUCGGUGGCGACGGCGACGGCGGCACGGCAGCAGCCAAUCACGGGCCGCUCUGCCCCGGAGGGGGGCGGGGCCCUGCAGUGCGCGGAAUGCCAGCGCACGUUCACCUCGGCCAAUCGGCUGGCAGCGCACGGGCGCGUGCACCAGCAGGGGACUCACCAGUGCCCCGAGUGUGACAAGGUGUUCAAGAAGGCAGGGUCACUGCACACACACCUGCGCACACACUCCGGCGAGGCACGCUACCUGUGUGUGGACUGUGGACACGGCUUCACCACAGAGAUGACCCUCAUUAUACACAGGAAGUCGCAUACGGCGGAACCUUUGCACCGGUGUGAGUUCUGCUCCAAGACCUUCACCAACAUGACCAAGUUCCUCUACCACCGCCGCACACACACCACCAGAACCCCACUCACCCCCGUCAGCACACAGGUGUGUGUUCCUUCCCAAAGAUUAGGCCCCGCCCCCAGCCUGCGGGAGCGACUGCUGGAACGUCAGGGGGCGGGCUUUACACGGCCGGGCCAAUCAGAGCGGCCGGCGACCACAGGCCUUGCGCUGGCGAACCAAUCACAGCGUCUGGGGGCGGGGUCACCGCAGGUGGGCGUGUCGGAGGAGGCGGGACUAAUCGCACCUCUCUCAGAAGCCGAGUUAGAGGCGGAGUCUCGCCAAGAAGCCGCCGACGCCCCUGCUGGUGACGACGACGGUCGCCAUGGAGACGCAACCCAACAGAACGGUGUGGGGUCUCCGGCGACGGCGACGGCUCAGAAGCAGGAGAAUGUUCCGGAGGGCUCGGCGGCGUUCCCGGCGGCGUUCCCGGCGGCGUUCCCGGCGUUCCCGUGCCCCACGUGCGGCAAGGCGUUUGCGAGCGCGCUGCGUCUGGUGCGUCACCGGCGCACGGUCCACAACAACGUCGUCCACGCGUCUGUUCCGGAGCGCCGCCAGUUCCGCUGCCACGUGUGCCAAAAGCCCUUCAAGAAGCGGAUCCACGUGCGGAACCACCUGCGCACGCACACCGGCGAGCGGCCGUUCCAGUGCAGCGAGUGCGGCAAGACCUUCUCCUCGCUCGCCAACCUGUCGCGCCACGCGCUCACACACACCGGCGAACGCCCCUACCGCUGCCCCGUGUGCCCCCGAGCCUUCUCGCAGUCCUCCAACCUGCGCACGCACCAGCUGCUGCACGACGAUGCCAACCUGGCGUCGCCAUGCCGAUGCCCCGAGUGCCCCGCGACCUUCCGCCGGCCGGCCAAGCUCACCGCGCACCGCUACACGCAGCACCAAGGCCCCGCCCCCUACCCCUGCCCGCGCUGCCCAAUGGGCUUCCUCCGCAAGCGGCAGCGAGACCUGCACGCACACAGCCAGCACCCCGCGCUCACACACACACUCACACACACACACACACACACGCCGCAGCAGCAGCAGAGCGCUGUGAUUGGCCCAGCUGCCAUUCCUAAAGAAGGGGAGGGGCCAGAGGCUCAGCAGGGCGACGCCCCCCGGGCAGACCAGCCCCGCCUCUCGGUGGAGGAGGGCAGCGUUGUGAUUGGCUCAGACUCCUCACGUCCGUCUCUGGACUGCGGCGUCUGCGGGAAGCGUUUAAACUCCGCCUCCAACCUGCGUCUGCACAUGCUCAGUCACGCCGCGGCGGCGGGGGGGGCGGGAGGGGGAGGAGUCAGGGGGUUGGGGGCGGGGCAUGUGUGCGGCGUGUGCGGGAAGUCGUUUGCGUCGGCGUCGGGGCUCACGCUGCACCGGCGCGUCCACACGGGCGAACGGCCGUUCCCCUGCGGCGUCUGCGCCAAGCGCUUCCGCCAGAACACGCACCUGCGCGAGCACCUGCGCACGCACUCCGGCGAGAGGCCGUUCCGCUGCGACGCCUGCGGCAAGCGCUUCGUGCAGAGCAUGCACCUGGCCGAGCACCGGCGCACGCACACCGGGGAGCGGCCGCACGCGUGUGUGUGCGGGAAGGCGUUUAAAACAGUCUCCAACCUGCGCAACCACCAGAAGAUCCACAAGAGGGCGCUACAGCAGCAGCAGCAGCAGGAGGAACAGGGCGGGCAGCAGGACCCUGGGGAGGCCGGCGCGGCGGUGGCGGUGCUGGACGGAUCAGUGGAGCUCAGUGCUGCUGCAGUACCGGCCCUCUGCCACCAGGGGGCGCUGGGGCAACCACAGCUCAUCCAGAUCCAGACUGCUGACCUCGCACAGGGCACCCCCACUAUCAUGUGUAAUGAGUUUGGGGAGGCGAUCGCUAUAAUCGAGACGAGUGAGGGAGCGUCACUUCCUCUGGCCGAGGCUCUGGAGAUCUACCAGACCGCCCUGGAGUCCAGCCUCGGAGUAGACGCCAUCACCGUGGACGGACUACAGCUGCUCUAACACACACACACACACACACACACACACACACACACACACACGCACGCACACACACACACACACACACACACACGCCCUGGAGUCCAGCCUCGGAGUAGACGCCAUCACCGUGGACGGACUACAGCUGCUCUAACACACACACACACACACACACACACACACACACACACACACGCACGCACACACACACACACACACACACACACGCCCUGGAGUCCAGCCUCGGAGUAGACGCCAUCACUGUGGACGGACUACAGCUGCUCUAACACACACACACACACACACACACACACACACACACACACACACACACACACACACACGCACACACACACACGCCCUGGAGUCCAGCCUCAGAGUAGACGCCAUCACUGUGGACGGACUACAGCUGCUCUAACACACACACACACACACACACACACACACACACACACACACACCCACAGGGCUAGUUUGUUGGGCCCCUGAAUGACUGAUGUUCAGCACUGGAGUCUGGUGCGAGUUUAAGAUUCGUUUGUAACAUUUUUACUCUUCAGACUGCGGGAGGAUAUGACCUCGUUGAGGAUAUGACCUCGUUGUGUUGUUGUCUCGUUUGUUUUUUGUUAAUAAAGAUGGCCUCUGCAGUU